AUGUUAUCGGUGGCACAGCGAGGAGUCAGGAAUUUGAUAGCACAGCGUGCUUUCACUCUCUCAGCGCCUGUCUGUGAUGCCAAACGUGGGAAUAUUGCCAACUACAAGGUCGUCGAUCAUGCCUUCGAUGCCGUAGUUGUUGGCGCAGGGGGUGCGGGUCUUCGUGCCGCGAUGGGUCUAUCGGAAGGAGGUCUGAAAACUGCCGUCAUCACUAAGAUCUUCCCCACUCGAUCGCAUACCGUCGCUGCUCAAGGAGGAAUCAACGCAGCCUUAGGAAGUAUGAACAAGGAUGACUGGCGCUGGCAUUUCUACGAUACUGUCAAGGGAUCUGACUGGUUGGGUGAUCAGGAUGCCAUUCACUAUAUGACCAGGGAAGCAGUUCGUGCAGUAAUUGAACUAGAAAAUUAUGGAAUGCCAUUCUCUCGAACUCCCGAAGGAAAGAUUUAUCAGCGUGCUUUCGGAGGUCAAUCGAACGAUUUCGGUCGUGGUGGACAAGCUCAUAGGACAGCCGCCGUCGCCGAUCGUACUGGGCACUCUCUUCUUCACACCCUUUAUGGGGCUUCCUUGCAGUAUAACUGCAACUAUUUUGUCGAAUAUUUCGCCCUGGAUUUAAUCAUGGAUAAGGGAGCCUGCGUUGGAGUCGUGGCCAUGUGCUUGGAAGAUGGAACAAUCCAUCGCUUCCGGUCCAAGAACACGGUGUUGGCUACUGGAGGAUUUGGUCGUACUUACUUUUCAUGCACGUCUGCUCAUACCUGCACUGGUGACGGUACGGCUAUGGCUGCUCGUGCUGGUAUCAAUAACACCGAUAUGGAGUUUGUUCAGUUCCAUCCCACUGGUAUUUAUGGAGCAGGAUGCCUUAUUACAGAAGGAUCUCGCGGCGAAGGGGGAUACCUCGUGAACUCCAAAGGAGAAAGAUUUAUGGAACGCUAUGCACCAACGGCUAAAGACCUCGCUUCUCGCGAUGUUGUAUCUCGAGCGAUGACUGUUGAAGUGAUGGAAGGUCGUGGUGUUGGACCAGAAAAAGAUCACAUCUUCCUCCAGCUGCAUCACUUGCCUGCUCAACAACUUCACGAAAGGCUGCCAGGUAUCUCGGAAACUGCCAUGAUUUUUGCUAAUGUGGAUGUUACUAAGGAACCCAUUCCCGUCAUUCCAACCGUUCACUACUGCAUGGGUGGAGUCCCUACCAACUACAAGGGCGAAGUACGAUCAUCUUUGACUACUGUGAAAUUCUUCUUGUUGUUGGCUUUGUUUCCACUAGUGGAUCAGAUUAUCCUUUUUGUCUGGAAACUUGUUGAUGUGGCAACAAUUCAGGUAAUCUCUUACUCUAAAGAUAAGGGAGAUCAAGUUGUGCCAGGACUGUAUGCUGCUGGAGAGUGUUCGGCUCAGUCCGUGCAUGGUGCAAACCGUUUGGGUGCAAACUCUCUGCUGGACCUUGUGAUCUUUGGAAGAGCUUGUGCUCUCACGAUCUUGGGUAACACAAAGCCAGGUGUCGGAGUGCCCGAUCUACCGAAGGAUGCCGGAGAGGCAUCUGUCGACAACAUUGAUACCCUUAUGCAUAGAAAGGAUGGACCACCUACCGCAAAAGUUCGCUUGAAUAUGCAAAAAACAAUGCAGAAGCACGCUGCUGUGUUCAGGAGAGGUGACAUUCUUCAGGCUACUAGAAUCAGGUUUUUGCAGGAGGGUGUAAAGAAAGUAGAAGAGAUCUAUAAGAACUACCACAAUCUUCACGUCACCGAUACCAGUCUCAUAUGGAAUAGUGACCUCAUCGAAACACUAGAGCUCCAGAACCUUCUCAUCAAUGCUAUGCAAACUGUCGUUGCUGCUGAAGCUCGAAAAGAAUCUCGUGGUGCACAUGCUCGUGACGACUUCCCUCAACGUAUCGACGAGUACGAUUACAGCAAACCGGUUGAGGGGCAGAAGAAGAAGCCGAUAGAAGAGCACUGGCGUAAACACACGAUGAUCACCUCAAACAUCCAAACUGGCAAGGUGACGCUCAAUUACCGCCCGGUCAUCGACACUACUUUGGAUAAGAGCGAAACUGACUGGAUUCCGCCAAAGAUCCGUACUGGUUUUACAUCGCACAGGGAUAUGGAGGAAGCCAUUGCGAGGGCAGUGGAGGCUUGCCAAAGAGGGAGCUUGGAAGCACUGGAAGCUUCACUACAGGAAGGCGUCAUUCCAGAUGCAUGUGACGUCGAUGGCUGCUCCCUACUGCACUGGGCUGCCAUAAACAAUCGCAUUCCGGUAGUACAAAGGCUUCUGGAACUAGGAGCAAAUCCAAAUGUUGUUGGAGGAUUGCUUGUUUCUUCACCGCUGCACUGGGCCGCUCGUGUCGGGCAUGUAUCGAGCUCAGCAUUGCUCAUCAAGCUGUGGAGAGGUUAUUGUUCUGCAAUUUUCAGUUGUUUGCAAAAAAGGUUGUACGUUCUGAAUGCAGGUUUUGUUCCAGGAAUGACGCCGGCUAUGUGGGCUGCGUAUCGUACAUUUGGAAUGUUCCCGAUACGUUUAAUUGUGCGAAGUGGAGCGGAUUUGAAUGCGCAUGAACACUUGUCUGGCAAUACGGCUCUUCAUAUUGCCACUCAGGAACGAAAUUAUUGUUCCGUUCGUGAGUUGCUCUUAGGAUAUGCCGAUGUCUCAUUGCGAAACAAGCAACAGGAAACCCCACUCGAUAUAGCGAGAAACAUGCGAAAUCAAAAACUAAUCGUCUUGUUAUCAUUUUGUGUAACAGAUAUGAUCGAAGAAGCUGCGAAGGCGCAAGGAAUGGUGCCUCGUUCGUGGUGCGACACCUUACCUUGGAAGAAGAUUAGGCACUAUGGCGGUUUUUUCCUGCCAGGCUUUUUGUUGGGUCUAACAGCUCUUCUGUUCUACUUAUUACAUUACGGAAUCGCUGCCUUCAUUCUGCUUACGGCAAUCCUUAUUUCUCAGUGUUUCAUCAAGUUCGAUAUCUAUUCCACUACGUCAAGCUUAAUUCCGAUUGGCAUUUGUGUUGCCGAGCCAGUAUGUAUGAUAAUAACGUGGUACUUCUAUGAACACUUGUUUGUCUCGUGGUGGCUUCAGAUCAUAUUCGUUAUAACGAUGCUCUUACUGUUUGGUUCCUUACUCAGGUAA